AUGCUACACGGUUUCGCGAACCUCUCGCCAGAUCUCCCCUCUCUCUCCCCCCAUCUCCCCACGCUCUCCCCUCAUGUCCUCACGCAGCUCUCAUCUUCUCUCUCACCCUCCUACCUCUCAUCUCCCUCCCUACUCACUUACAUCCCCUCCCUCCCCCACUCACUCCCCGUGAACUCUCUCCUGUUCACCCUUCAUCUCCCCCCUGUCUCCCCACUCCCCCCUCCCUCCCUCCCCCCUUCCCCUCCAGCCUCAUAUCCUCCUGCACUCACCCUCAUUUCCUCUCUCACGCACACCUCAUCUUCCUACCCACUCACUCCUCACCUACCUUUCCCGCUCACCCAUCAUCUCUCUCGCCACUCCCCCGGUCAUUCCUCAUCUGCCCCACGUUCCUUCCCCCUUUCCCCCCCUCCUCCCUCCCUUUCCCUUUUCCUUUGUCCCUCCUCCCAAGUCUCCCUCUUCCCCCAUCGAACUCACCCCUCACCUCACCUCCUGCUCAACCCGCAUUACUCCCCUCUCCACUUGCCACUGCUUCCUCACAUGCUUAACAUCCCCCGGCCUCCACCCCUCCUUACUCCAAUGACCCUUGCCUCUUUCUCCUUCAAUCUGCCUCUUCUUCCUCUUCUUUCUGCCUCUUCUUCAUCUGGUUUUCAUGGACUUCUUGACACAUGGCUGCAUGUGACUUGGCCUGCUGCAGGUUAA